AUGGCUCUGACAUCAUGGAAAGCGUUCAAUUUUAUCGACGUCUCGCCGGUCAAGAUACCAGAGGAGAUCUCCGCGCUAUUCGGUGUAAGGCCUCGAUCCACCUCCCACAUACGGACCACCGGCUCACAUAAUGUACAGAGCGAUCUCUCCAGCCUCUGCACCGGCUCCUCGAACCUCUUCCUCGGUACCCACGAUGGCUUCAUCCAUAUCGUCACCCAGGGUUUCCGCAUCACGCGCUCGUUUAAGGCCCACGACACCGGCUCCAUCACGCACAUGAAGCAGAUCGACGGUACCUCCCUACUCGUAACGGUGUCCGAGGAUCUAUCGAAUGAGCCAGUAUUGAAGGUCUGGGCGCUGGAUACGGAGAAGAAGGGCGGUGGGCCGCAAUGUCUGUCAACCGUGUCGGUGCAGAAUGCGCGCCGGCAAUUUCCGAUUUCAGCCUUUGCGGCCGUGAAUGAUCUCUCGCAGGUAGCGGUUGGAUUUGCAAAUGGGUCUGUGACGAUUGUUCGUGGCGACCUGAUUCACGACCGCGGCGCGCGCCAACGCAUUGUGUUCGAAUCAGAAGAGCCAAUUACGGGCCUUGAAAUACAGGAGGGAUCUGUCACUGUGCUAUAUAUCUCAACGACAAGCCGGAUCCUCACGUUGGUUAUCUCGGGGCGUGGACAGGGUCAGCCUGCGCGUGUGCUGGACGACACCGGAUGUGGUCUGAACUGCAUGACCCCGGAUCAUGAGACGGGGGAUAUACUCAUUGCCAGAGAGGAUGCGGUCUACACAUAUGGUCCUCGGGGCCGUGGGCCGAGCUAUGCUUUUGAAAGCCCCAAGACGUCUAUCAAGUCUUUUCGUGACUACGUGGCGUUAGUUUGCCCUCCAAAAGCGAGUUCCGUCAGACGUGAUUCCUUGCGCAAGUAUGGUGUCAGUCCUGGAGACGAGAUAUUUGGCACCACGACAUUCACUCUGCUGGAUACCGAUCUCAAAUUCAUUGCUCAUAGUGAGGCGCUUGUGGCGCCAGUGAAGCAUAUGUUCAUAGAGUGGGGUGAUCUGUAUUUGCUUACGACCGAAGGGAAGAUCUUCCGAUAUCGUGAAAAGAGCCUACAGCAAAGGCUUGAAAUUCUCUAUGAGCGCAAUCUUUACAUCUUGGCUAUCAACCUUGCGCAAAGGAUCGGCAUUGAUCCUCUGCAACAGAACGCCAUCUAUCGCAGAUAUGGUGAUUUCCUAUACCAGCGAGGUGAUUACGACACAGCCAUGCAGCAGUACCUUCGAGCAAUUGACAAUACGGAACCAUCUCAAGUCAUUCGCAAGUAUCUGGAUACGCAGCGGAUCCACAACCUGAUAGAGUAUUUGGAGGAAUUGCAUGACCACGGGCGUGCUACAGUGGACCACACAACACUUCUCUUGAACUGCUACGCGAAGUUGAAAGACACUAGCAAGCUCGAUUCAUUCAUUCAAGCUCCCGGUGAGCUCAAGUUUGAUUUGGAGACAGCCAUCGCGAUGUGUCGCCAGGGAGGAUACUUUGAGCAAGCGGCCUAUCUUGCCACGAAACAUGGAGAAAAUGACAUGGUGGUCGACAUACUCAUUGAGGAUUCAAAGAAGUACGCUGAAGCUGUGGAGUAUAUCUGGCGAUUGGAGCCCGAGGCGGCAUAUCUCAAUUUGAUGAAGUACGCCCGAGUCCUCCUGACUCACUGUCCAGAGCGUACAACGGAACUAUUCAAAGAUUAUUACACUGGACAAUAUCGGCCGCACACUGAUGUUGAGCCUCCCGCCGAACCUCAUACACAACCAACAAGCACCAUCCAAAGUCUGGCGGGUCUCCUCCCGCUGCGCUACAUGACCGGCGGAGGCAGCACGAAGGCCGAAACUCCGGCUACUGAGUCUACCGUAGUUGAAGAAAGCCCCGCUGACAUUCCACCGGAAUACGAUGUUCCAAAGCCUCGAACUGCGUUUUCGGCGUUCGUCGAUCACCCAAAAGAAUUCAUAAGCUUCCUGGAGACCCUUGUGCAACAGCCCGACUUGAAGAAAGAUUCCAAGGUCGAUCUCUUCACGACGCUUUUCGAGAUGUAUCUUGACACGGCCAAGGGAAAGAAAGACCCAGCAGAACAACAAGAAUGGGAGAGCAAGGCGAAGAAGCUGAUUGAAGGCAAAGACAUUCCAAUUUCAACUUCCAACGUCCUUCUCAUCUCCGAUCUCUCCAACUUCCGGGAAGGCUCGACGCUCGUGCGCGAGCAAGAAGGUCUACGUCUGGACAUAUUCCGUUCCUUUACAUCCGCCAAGGACACUCAAGGUGCCAUUCAAGCCCUGAAACGCUACGGACCCGACGAGCCUCAGCUCUACAUCGAUGCCCUAACAUACUUUGCUUCAAGUCCGCAAAUUCUCGAAGAAGCAGGUGACGAGCUGGACGUGGUUCUGCGCCGCAUCGACCAAGACGGCCUUCUCUCGCCGCUGCAAGUGAUCCAAGCUCUGAGCAACAACGCCGUGGUCACAAUGGGCCGUGUCAAAAAGUAUCUCAGCGAUAAUAUUGACCGUGAACGCAAAGAGAUCACCACUAACCGCCGCCUCAUCGCAAGCUACAAAUCCGAAACAGCCACCAAGAAACAAGAACUCGACAACCUUGCCACCCAACCCGUCGUUUUCCAAUCUCGUCGCUGCCAAUCCUGCGGCGGCACACUUGACCUGCCCACCGUUCACUUCCUCUGUCGUCACUCUUUCCACGAGCGCUGUCUCAACCCCUCCGAGGAUGCUCAGUGUCCCGUUUGUGCGCCAACAAAUUCCACCCUCCGUGCUAUUCGUCAGCGCCAGGUUGAUUCGGCUGAUCAGCAUGAUCUGUUCAAGGGGAAUUGUCGCGCUCGAGAGAUCGUUUCGGUGUAG